GAAUACAAGCACGAUGAAAGCUUAAAUAUUAAGCUAUUGGGUUUUUCUCACGAAGCAAAUUGAGUCCUCCCUCCUCUCUCUCAAGAAAUAAUCAGUGAGCAGAGAAAUUGCAAUGGCGGAUUCAGUGGAACAACAAAGUAGAUCGCGGGACCUUGAUAAGCUUCUCCUAAGACCUGGCAAUCUCGUUGGUUCCAACUUCGAACCAGGCGUCGAACUGAGGGAUGACCUUCAAGAAUACGCCAAGAUUUUGGUUGUCGGAGCCGGAGGUCUAGGCUGUGAGUUGCUCAAGGACCUUGCUUUAUCGGGUUUCAAGAAUCUUGAAGUCAUAGACAUGGACAGGAUCGAGGUUUCCAAUCUCAACCGACAGUUCCUCUUCAGGCUUAAAGAUGUUGGGAAGCCAAAGGCAGAGGUGGCUGCCAAACGCGUGAUGGAAAGAGUAGCUGGAGUGAACAUUGUGCCACAUUUUUGCCGUAUUGAGGAUAAAGAACUCGACUUCUACAGUGAUUUCAACAUCAUUGUUCUUGGUCUUGAUUCCAUAGAGGCUCGCAGCUACAUAAAUUCGGUUGCUUGUGGUUUUCUUGAGUAUGAUUCUGAUGACAACCCACGAGAAGAAACUAUAAAACCUAUGGUAGAUGGUGGAACUGAAGGCUUCAAAGGCCAUGCGAGGGUUAUACUUCCAGGUGUCACUCCAUGCUUUGAAUGUACUAUUUGGCUUUUUCCCCCUCAGGUGAAAUUCCCCUUAUGCACAUUAGCAGAAACACCUAGAACUGCUGCUCACUGUAUUGAAUAUGCCCACUUAAUUAAAUGGGACGAGGCUCAUAGUGGAAAAACAUUUGAUCCAGAUGAUCCAGAGCAUAUGCAAUGGGUUUAUUCAGAAGCUGUCAAGAGAGCUGAACUAUUUGGCAUUCAGGGAGUUACAUACUCGUUGACUCAGGGUGUUGUAAAGAAUAUUAUACCUGCCAUAGCUUCCACCAAUGCAAUCAUAUCAGCUACAUGCGCAUUGGAGACUUUGAAGAUCGCCUCGGGCUGCAGUAAAACAAUUUCAAAUUAUUUGACUUAUAAUGGGGUGGGAGGUCUCCAUACAAAAGUUACAGAGUUUGUGAAGGACAGAGAAUGCCUUGUAUGUGGUCCAGGUGUUCUAAUCGAGCUUGACACUUCAGUUUCCUUGCAGAAGUUCAUCGAUCUUCUGGAAGAGCAUCCAAAGCUGUUGUUGUCCAGAGCAAGUGUUUCACAUCGAGGGAAGACUCUAUACAUGCAGGCUCCUCCAGUACUGGAAGAGAUGACAAGAUCAAAUCUGGAAAAGCCACUUUUCGAUCUAAUGGAGAAAACAUCGAAGGACAUGGUUCAUGUGACUGGCAUGGCAAAAAAGGGUGACAGGAAAGCAUCUAUUCUAAGGAAAUUAUGUGUUGUUUUCAAGGGUGUUGUUGAUGGCGUCACAGAUAUGGACACAGCCGGUGGAGCAUAAUUUUAAGCAUCAGAUUCCAAAGUCUCUCGUCUAUAGCUCUUCUUAUUGAAGAAGUAGAGAUUUUAUUAAGGGAUAACAGAUAAAUUUAGAUCUUGAUGGGAAAGAAAGGCUUUUAGAUGUGAUUGUGAUGUUUCUCUUGGCCAUGCAUCCAGCUGCAGAUUGAUGACAUUUCUUGUUUAAAUAAGUUGAAUAAUAUCAUAAUCAGAUAAGGAUCAAGUUAGAUAUAUUUUAAGUGAUGAACAUGCUGCAAUAAAAGUGAUGUAAAAGGCCGACCAUCAAACUGUGUGGUGUGUGCUUCUCUGGUCCCACUUUCAUAAUAUAUGUAUAAUUCACAAGCUAAGAUGAGGCAGGAAUCUUAGCAACAGCCAACCAAGAUCUCUCAACUUAUUUACUAUUACUAUUACUAAUAAUUUUGUGUUCUUUAAUAA